AUGGACGCCCAUCGCGACUACCUGGCGUUGGUCACGGCCUUUUACGAAGAUCUCUGGAACAAGGCCGACGACGAGGCCUUGAGACGCAUCCUGGCCCCGGAGGUACAGUUCAAGGGCUCCACGGAGUGCCAAGUGAGAUGUGGACCGGAAGCCUUCAGAGAUUACCGGAAUGCCAUCCGAUCCACUCUGGCGAACUACACUUGUACCAUCCUAGAUGUGACCUUCUCAACCCAAUCUGUCUCUUAUUCCGAUGUCUUGGGCGCCUUUGCCGUGGACGCGACCACGCCACACUGCGUGGCCAGGGUGAAGUUUUCAGGGCGACACGUCGCAGCCUUCCAUGUGCCGCCCUUGAAUGCCUUCGAGGCCACAGGGGCCGAGCUGUCCUGGUUGGGCGUUGCCUACUUCUUCUUCAGCGGCUCACAGAUCCGAGGCGUUUGGGUCAUGGGUGAUGUGGCAGCUAUCUACGAACAGUCCUGGACGGCAGUAGCGAACGGCUCCACCGGUGACCUCCGACAGGCAACGCGGUACGCGGUGAACGCCUGGGGCGGUGUUUUGAUGAGGGGUCACGACUGCUGCGUGCUGCUCGCUGCGCCAUACUGCUACGCGCAGAAGACAGACAUCUUCGACUUUGCCAUCCCGGUACUUGUGCUGUUCUUUAUCUUGUUAUUCCUGUGCGUGUCUAGCAAGUCCUGUGCUUUGUGGCUGAAGCAGCUGGGGAAGAAGGUCCCGGAGGAGCCCUACCACCCCAAGGAGCCCUUGGUGGCAACGCCUCAAAGUGCGCUGGACCUAGAGCAAAAGCUGCUGGCCAUUUGGGAAGCAUCAUGCCUCGGCGGAAAAGGCGAUCCCAAUAAGGCCCUGCCCAAAUCACGAGAGUGGGGCCGUGCCGCUGCAAGCCUCUUCGCCUCCAUCAAGCUGGGCUUCGAUUUUCAGGCAGAUAGCGUCUGCAACCAGUUUGAGCACCUCAUCUCGCUGUGGAGGUCCCACGCGGCGGUGGUCACGGACCGAGCGGUGCAGGAUGCCUAUGUAAACCGCUGGAGGUGGAGCUCAGGCUCUUGGAGCGAGGCGGCCACGGAGCCCACCCGCAUGGACAUCAACGGUACCAAGGCCCUGCAACGGGCUGCCGCGGACUGUGAGCCAGAGCUCUUGCAGGACGCGCUGGAGGACUUGCAUAGGGACCUUCUGGAGGGCCUGCACCAGUGGAGAGCCAGGCUGUCGGCAUACCCGGAGCUGGAGGUGCGCUGGGAAGAACGCCGUAUGCUAGGUGGUUAA